GUGGUUUCUGAGCAUGUGCCUGUUGUCUCAUUGGCAAAAAGCGGAAUCCUGCUGGACGGUAGCAUUUGCUGCAGAUUUUGGCAAUUUGUAACUCAGUUCCAUUCUCUUUAUCUCAGCCAGUGUUAUGGUGCUUGUUUUAUUUUGGCUUUCUUGCUCUAGCUUUAAGUAAGUUCGGCAGAAGUUUGAGAACAAAUGUGCUAUAAGUCAUCCGUUUCACGUUGCGAAGAGUCUUCUAACGGAGUUGUGACUUCUCCAAGGAGCCGUAAAACCGAACCCUUCAGUCUCGUAUUAUCGGAUAGAACGGAACAGGGAAGCCAGCAAAAUGCUAGUGGAUCCGAACCAAAUUGAUUCUCAAGUCUUUUAAAGAAGCCGCCUGUUCUGAAGUGAUAGAAAUUUAUCUUCACGUGUAUUUUUUUUUGUUUUGCCUUUGAACUGUCUUGUUUACUUCUAACAGCACAGAAACAUGGACGAAGAAAGUCACCAAGAAAAUGGAGUGGAGAGUGGAAAAGACACCGAUCGGCAGCUUCGCUUACGUGUGUGUGUGAUGAAUGAGAUUUUAAAAACAGAGAGGGACUACGUGGGGUCCUUGAAAUUUCUGAAGUCUUCAUUCCUACAUAGAAAUCAUCAGAAUGAUGGAGGGAAGUCAGAGAAACAGAUCACUGAUGAAGAUCUCAAGGUUUUGUUUUCUAAUAUUGAAGAGAUACUUGAUGUCCACAUGGUGUUCCUUGAAGCUCUUGAAUGCUGUUUACAACCAGAACCACAACCUCAACAUGAACUUGGAAAUAUCUUCCUUCAGUUUAAAGAUCGAUUUUGCGUCUAUCAGGAAUAUUGUAGCAACCAUGAAAAGGCUUUGAGACUUCUAAUGGAAUUGAACAAAAUACCUGAAGUGCGGGCUAUGAUUCUGAAUUGCAUGGUAUUGGGAGGAAUGAAAACUACUGAUAUUCCACUGGAAGGCUAUUUACUCACUCCAAUACAGAGAAUCUGUAAAUAUCCUCUACUGCUGAAGGAGCUGUUGAAAAGGACUCCCAAAAAACAUGGCGAUAGCACAGCAGUGGCGGAGGCCUUGCAGGCAAUGAAGACCGUGUGUACAAAUAUUAACGAAACAAAGAGGCAGAUGGAGAAGCUUGAAGCUUUGGAGCACUUGCAGUCAUCAAUUGAAGGAUGGGAGGGUUCAAAUCUGACAGAUAUUUGUACUGAACUACUGCAACAAGGUCCAUUGUUGAAAAUCUCAGCUGGAAAUAUUCAAGAGCGUGUUUUCUUUUUGUUUGAUAACUUACUAGUGUACUGCAAAAGGAAGUCCAGAGUUUCUGGUAAAAAAUCAACAAAGCGCACCAAAUCUAUGAAUGGAGCUCAAUAUAUUUUUCGUGGAAGAAUCAAUACUGAAGUUAUGGAAGUGGAGCAUGUUGAAGAUGGAACAGCUGAUUACCACAGCAAUGGCUAUACUGUGACAAAUGGCUGGAAGAUCCACAACACUGCCAAAAACAAGUGGUUUGUUUUAAUGGCCAAAACGGCUGAUGAGAAACAGAAGUGGCUGGAUGCAAUUCUGAAGGAACGGGAACAGAGGGAGAGUCUGAAACUGGGCAUGGAGCGAGAUGCAUAUGCCAUGAUCUCGGAGAAAGGAGAGAAACUCUACCACAUGAUGAUGAUGAACAAAAAAACAAAUCUUAUAAAGGACAGGAGGAGAAAGUUGUCUAUAGUCCCUAAGUGCUUUCUUGGCAAUGAGUUUGUUUCCUGGCUGAUGGAGAUAGGGGAGAUCAGUAAAGCUGAGGAAGGAGUGAAUCUGGGUCAAGCUUUGCUUGAGAAUGGCAUUAUUCAUCAUGUUUCAGAUAAACACCAUUUCAAAAAUGAGAUGGUACUCUACAGGUUUCGGUAUGAUGAUGGAACCUACAAGCCUCGAAGUGAGAUGGAAGAUAUUUUAUCUAAGGGCAUAAGGUUGUACUGUCGAUUACACUGUCUCUUCACACCAGUGGUAAAAGACAGAGAUCACCAUUUGAAAACAUACAAAUCUGUGGUACCGGCAAGCAAGCUGAUUGAUUGGCUUCUAGUACAGGGCGACUGCCAGACUAGAGAGGAAGCGGUCACGCUCGGUGUUGGAUUGUGUAAUAAUGGCUUCAUGCAUCACGUGUUAGAGAAAAGUGAAUUUAAGGAUGAAUCCCAGUUUUUUCGCUUUUAUCCUGAUGAAGAAAUGGAAGGGAGCAGCUCCAAAAACAAACAGCUGCGCAAUGACUUCAGAUUGGUUGAAAACAUACUUGUUAAAUCCCUUCUGAUCUUUCCUGAAGAAGACGACUAUGGGUUUGAAAUUGAGGAGAAAAAUAAGACCAUUGUUGUGAAAUCUGUGCAAAAUGACUCUGCUGCUGAGGUGGCAGGUCUUCAGGUUGGAAGGAAGAUUUACUCCAUUAAUGAAGAUUUGGUUUUCUUGCGGCCAGUUGUGGAAGUAGAGACUAUUCUACAUCAGCUGCAUUGUAGUCAAAGGCCACUGAGGGUGCUGGUUGCAACGAAACCCAAAGAGAUAAUCAAAAUUCCAGACUCUGAAGGACUGAACUUAGAGAUCCGUGGCACUGCUCCACCAUUUGUUCAUGCAGUUCUGAAAGGCUCUGGGGCAGCUGCAGCUGGCCUUCUCCCUGGCCAGUGUAUUUUGAAAGUAAAUGGUGGUAAUGUUAGUAAAGAGAACUAUACUACAGUACUUGAAUACUUCACAACACACAAAAAGAAUCUGCCGCAUUUAAAGGGAAAAGGAUCAGGAACCUGGAUUUAUCGAACGGUUGAAGAUGUGGAUGAAGAGGCAGCACAGACAAAGGCCAAAACUGAUUGCCUAUUCAGCAUUUCUGAUUUAUCACUGCAUGAUAAGCUGUUAGAUGUCUCAACUAAUCAAUCAAAAGUAUUUGAUCACGGUGGCAUGAGUGGACAGGAGGCAGACUUGAAUUUGAGUGCUGAUGGAGCUACUUCUCAAGUCAGCAUGACUGUGGAUAAUGUGCACUUGGAGCACGGCGUUAUCUAUGAAUACGUCAGCACUACGGGGAUCAAAUGUCACGUCAAGGAAAAAAUGCUGGAGCCCAAGGGAUGCUUCAGUUUAACUGCAAAGAUUUUAGAAGCUCUAGCAGCAGAUGAUCAUCAGUUCGUAAGAAACUGCAGAGGACUGAUAACUUCCAGAAAUUCCAUGAUCUUUAAACCUCAGUUUGAAUUCCGGCAUCUUUGUGAAAGCAAGCUCGACACCAUUGGGAUGCGAAUUGCCAAAUACUCAAAGUUUGCCCAGGAAUUGAAAAGCAGAGCAUGUCCUUCCUUCAAGCAAGCUUCAACCAAGUUACACCCGUUAGAUGGAAUGGAUUUUUGUCCAACCAAUUGUCAUGUCAAUGUAAUGGAGGUGUCCUGUCCAAAAAAUACUACCUCUCUUGGAAGAUCUUUUAGUAUACGUUUUGGUCGAAAAAAUUCUUUCCUUGGCUUGGAGCAAGAUCAAGGCAUUGUAAAUCUCAUGAGCUACACUCGGCACGUCACCACCACGAUGGCAGCACCACAUUGGAACUGUUUCAUUGGGGAAGAUGGAGAACCAGAUCAACUACAGGAUCUGGAUGAAUCAUCAAACCAACAAAAUGGAGGGCUGAUUCAAGAAAGUGGAGGCUUGAGCAAUCUAUUGAAGCAGGAAGACAUGGAGAUUCAGGAUUCUUUCUUCCAACUCUUUAAUAAGCUGGAAAUCUCUCUGAAGGAAAUGAAGCAAUAUGUAAUGCAGAUAAAUAAUCUGCUGUCCUCAAUAACUGAACCUGCUCCUUCUGAGGCUUCAGAGCACAACUCGAUGGAGCUUACACUUCCUCAGUCAAUGGAAGAAAAUGAUAUUGAUAAAGCUGAACAUUGUGGAACAAAGAGAGUCUGCUUUGUGGUAAAGGAAGAGGAGCAGGAUGAUUCUGGACAUGAUACAACAAGUUACAGGGAUUCCUAUAGUGAGUGCAACAGCAACAGAGACUCGGUACUUUCCUAUGCCAGUGACCGCAGCAGGAGCUCUUAUCUAGGAAGUGAUGAAAUGGGAUCAGGAGAUGAACUGCCUUGUGACAUGAGAAUUCCUCUUGAUAAACAGGACAAAUUGCAUGGCUGUCUCGAGCACCUCUUCAAUCAGGUGGAUUCAAUUGAUGCACUUCUCAAAGGAUCAGUUAUGGUCAAGGCAUUUGAAGAGACAAAUGGCAUUAAUACAGAAUACAAUGUACAAGAAUUUCAGCAGAAAGUUGACCGGAAUAUAAAAUGUCGCAGUAUUAUUCAGACCAAUGUGCAGGAAGACCCGUGGAACUUGCCUUGUUCAAUCAAUGCGUUGGUGGACAAUGUACAGGAGUAUGUGGAAGAUGGAAAGAAUCAAUUACUUUUAGCUCUACUCCACUGCACAGACCUGGAUUUGCAGUUGCGACGGGAUGUCCUCUUUUGUCAAAGUCUUGUAGCAGCCAUCUGUAGCUUUUCUGAACAGCUAUUGGCUGCAUUGAAUCAUCGAUAUAACAACAAUGGAGAAUAUGAAGAGGAGGGUAAAGAGGCCAGUAAGAAGUGGCUUGAGCAGAUAGCUGUUACUGGUGUCCUUCUCAACUUUCAAUCUUUGCUCUCUCCCAUUGUGAAGAAAGAACGCAUCAUGUUAGAAGACACCAAGGUUGCUCUAUCUGAUUUGGACAAUGUGACUUUCCAUUUUAGACAUCUGGAGCAGGAAUACCCAGUAGCAAACAACAACAUUACUUAUCAGGUGGAUGGAAGCCGUCAAGCCUUGAAAGUUAUUUUUUACCUCUAUAGUCACAACUUUUCAGAGUUGCCUUCCAAGUUUCAGAAUGGUGGAAGUUUAAAAUUGCAGACAGUACUAUUUACUCAAGCCCUUGAGGGUCAAUGUUAUGCAGAAAAUACGACAGCAGAAGAACUUCAACAGCAAAUCAAUUCAGCAUCUCUUGAUAAAGUUAAAUAUUAUCACCGAAAACUCAGGGCUUUCUAUCUUGAAAGGUCUAAUUUGCCUUCUGAUUCUUCUGCUACAGCCGUAAAGAUAAAUAGGUUGCUGCGUCCGCUGAAUGCAUUAGAGGAGCUACAGCGGCUUAUGGAGUUGUACAUCGGUCCCAAGCAUUCGACAUCCAUGGCAAACCCGAGUAGUAAUCUUUCUGGAAUUGCAGUCUUGCCAAUAUCCUCUGAACUCUGCAACCGGCUUGGAGCCUGUCAGAUUGUUAUGUGCAGUACUGGCAUUCAGAGGAGUACUUUAAGUGUAACCCUGGAACAAGCAGUCAUUUUGGCCCGUAGCCAUGGACUUUUACCUAGAUGCAUUAUGCAGGCCACAGACAUUAUGAGGAAACAGGGUGCAAGAGUUGAGAACUCUGCCAAAAAUUUAAAAGUAAUGGAUCAGAUGCCACAGUCUGUACCGAGGCUCUACCGCCUUUGUCAACCACCUUCUGAUGGAGACCUAUGAAAGUUGCUUUGCAACAGCUUCCUGAUUCCGCAAAGAAUUAGAGCUGCUGGAAUAUCUUGAAUUUGUGGCAUCUAUAUUCUGUUUAAACUAUGGAAUGUCUGCAUAUGCACAGGAAUACAAUGGCAGUGUCAUAAGGUGCACAGGGACAGUUGUCUCUGCAGAUUUUCAUUCAUACCAGAGUGGUAGUCGAUUAUUUGACCUCACCCCCCCGCCCCCCCGAGUUCCUGGAUACAUGUAGCUAAGUGAACCAAUAUUACUAUUGAAAAGACUGUCUAAUCCUAAUGCAUGGUGGAAUGCAUGAGACUUGCAGAUUUUGCUAGCUAACAUCAAUAGUGUGGUAUAGUGUAAGGACAGAUUCCCACUGUCGCCUGUCAUUUCCCUACACUGCCCCCCCCCACCCCCGUGUGUUGGAAUUCUGCCAACUGCAUCUCAAAAGAUGACAUUCGUCUUCGAAUACCAAAAACAAUUUAAUGAAGUGAAAGCAAAAUGUUAUAUAAGUAGGUUGCUAAAUUAGCCAGACUGAGCGCCAGCUACUCUUUAACAAGUACCAACUACAAAAAAUGUACAUAUGUAUACAUCCAAAAUAUUGUUCACAGAGAUAUAUAUUGUGUAGCUGCAGCAAUUAACAUUCUGGUUUACUUGAGUACUGAUGUGUCCUGUUAUUGAUUCCUAUUUUAAUCAAACAAUUUAACAUUUUCACAGUAAUUACGUCCCUUGUUUUAAGCCAUUUCAAGGCAGGGGCACUGAAUAUCAGCGAUCUGGAAAUGCUUAAAUCUGCUGAAUCAAUGCUUUAAUUCUCCAUUUACUUUCCAAAAGCAGACAAUAACAGUACAAGUUAAGAAUUCAAAUGCAAUGUUACAGUUAAUUUGUUAACACUUUUUGCAUACAAUUGCAACUAAAUUUUAAAACCAAGCCCCUCAAAUUUAUAUUUUAAAAAACAUUCAGUAGUGUUUCACACAUUUUGCUUGAAAUCUGAAGAAUUCCACUUGCAAGUUUAUAAGUGAUGGCACUGAGCACUGGUAUUUCUGACAGUCUUGUUGAAUGGAGCUUUUUUGUCUUGACCGAAAAUAGCAUCCAUUUUUACUUUGAAUAACAGUGGAAAAGCACCAAUAUUACAUUAUUCACAUUUUUAUUUUGUGACAAAAGAUGAAAAGAUGACAUUCCUUGAUAAUACAGUAGUGUAUCUUGUGUUUACAGCCGAGGACAGAUCUUCAAUAUUUCUUAAUCAAAACAUUUUUACACAAUACUUGUCAGCUGUUGAAUUGCUAAGGGAAGAUUUGGAGUCAUGCCCUUGAGAGGGGAGAACAGAUUAUAUGCCAGUAUAUGUCAGUUUUUCAUUGGAAUACGCUGAUAUUUGGGGUAGAAUUGUAUAAAACAAACUGUCUAUUUGUUCUAAAUGUCUUGUUACAAAUGAGUCAGAUGACUUGUAAGAAUUUUGGUUUUUAGUACUAACUUUUUAAAAUUGCUGUGGUAUAUUUGCACAUUGGAUACAUGUUGAAGCAGUUUUCUCAGGGCAAAGUUCUGUUUUGAAGCCCUUUAAUAGUGCCUUAAAAUAUAGAAUAGGCUCCUAAAAUUUGGUCAUUUUUGCUUUGGAAUACAAUUUUGUUCGGUGUUAACGCAGUAAAUAUUUUAUCACACUUACUCUAUUUUUUUACAAUGUAAAGUAUCUUCAGUUGCAUUUAUUUUAGAAGUACCCUAACGAUUUUUACUGUUUCGUGGUUGCUGAAUUAGUGUAGAUUGUUUGUAGGUGUUUUAAAUUGUGAACUCGAGAAUAUUACUUUAGAAUCAUGUGAUUAGGUGAGGGAAGUGCGGUAACUACAUUUAAUUCUGGUACAGAGUUAUCGUCUUCUAAUUUUAUUUGAUUUCCAAUACAUUCAUAUCUUGAAUGUCCAUAAACAUAGAAAAUGGAUAAUUGUUUCAUACCGAUUAGUCUUCACUGAAGCAGUUUGUUGUAAUUGAGUAAUACCCAGCUGACCUAAAUGCAUUGACCAAAAUAUUGGUUCAGUUGAGCUAUACUUGUGAAAAAUCUUGAAUACUAGUUUCUCUGAAGAAAAUCUCAGUCCACUUAUAUAUGUAUAAGAUUUAUAUUUAAGUAGCUAUAUGUCUUCAGUGCUGUUCUAGUGCAGGCUCUUGGUAACUUGGUUCUGUGUAGUAUAAACUCUGGAAAUUUGCUAAGAAAGCUUAGUGAGACUCUAAAUGCUGUAUGUCAUAGUGCAAUAUUUCGCUUCUUUUCUUCCUUGAUCUUCUCCCAUUUUCUUUCCUAGAGGUACUUGCUAUGUGCCAAUAGGUGCCAGCAGCCUUUUCACCUCAUUCAGGUGGCUUUUAUUUGGAUUUUUUUUUGGGUGUGAACUAAAUGGGGAUUGCUGCCAGACCGUUUUACCUUGGGGCCAUUAGGAUUUCUGUUCUGGUGCAGGAAUUUUCAUCAGGCUACCGGACAGAAAUCAAUGCUGAAUUAUGCAAAGUCUUUUGUAGAUCUGGGUUGGACUCUACAUUUUGGAAUUUUUCUGCACCAAUUAAGAAAUAACAGGUAUUUUAGCUGUGAUAUCUUUUUUUACAUUUCCCCCUUUGUUUACUGUGUACCCAGAUUAAAAUUCCAAAUUUGUUAAGCAAAGACUUGAAAUUGGACAACUUAAAACUUAAAACCUCCUCUUGGUACAGAUAGAUAUUUUGGCAGUCUUGCAUCCCAUGUCUGUAUCUCUGACAAUUUUUAUGCAGAGAAAGAGUCGUACAGUGAGUUUGAAUACCAAGUCGUAACCUACUGAUUAAUAAAAUGUCUCUUAAAUAGCAAAAGUUCCAUUUAAUUGCACACCCGAUUUUAAAAUACUCAAUACUGCUCGGAAAGUGGUGUAGUUAUUCUGAGUCUUGUCUAAUCCUUGUUUACCAGGAUGCUGCAAUUGCGUUAAACAUUCAGGAUCAUUAAUGGAAUUCUGUUUCACUUGAAGUCUUGGGUAGAGCUAAAUAGAUUGCACCUCUGACGUGGAAGUUGUCAAUUCACAUACUUGUGACAAUCAUUUUGCUUGAUUUAGGUGAAGGAUAGUGCAAAGCCCUUAACAGUUACUGUCAUUACCAGUGCAAUACUUUUUGUCAAGUGCUGCAAGGAAGUUGUGCACUUCCAUGCAGUGACUUAAUAAAAUUUGACACAAAGCCAUUGUUGUGUAUAACGCUAGUAACCAUUGUUUUGCUAAUGUAAAUAAAUUAGGUUUAUGAUGUAGUUUUUCUUUAAUUUUCCAUUGUACAGAAAGUAUGAUUAAUGUUAUUUUAUUGAAAUAGUAGAUUUAACCUGAUAGGCAAUAAAUGUUUAUUUACAUUU